AUCCAGUCGUGUUUUUCUUGUGGGCCGUGCGAUUUUGCGCCGGAAUCGGGGGGCUGUCGACGUAACAAGUGUCCGUUUGGGUGCAGGAGGCCACUCAACGAGCCAAAUUACCUCUGAAACAACAGCUGUUCAUUCAAGGUUAGAACGAGAGUUAUUGAGACCAUUGAUAAUAAAUUCGGUGCGAAAUGAAGCUGGAGUUGAGUGAUGGCAUGUCCAACAACUCGGACUUCUCCAACGACAGCCAGAAUUCGCAGAUGUCCACGGCGGACUUCAUGACAUCGAUGGGCAACGGAAUUCUGACACCCACGACGACGUUUAUAGCUCUAGAAGGCAUCAAUUCGGGAGUACCAACUCGAACAACCCCUACUUUAACUCCGACAACUCUUCGAAGUAUCGAGCAAACCUUUAUAGAAUUGCAGACGAAGCCGGAAUCUCACGAAAACGAAGCCGGUUUUGUCCCACCUCUAGUUCAUUCUAUAGGAAACAAUCAGUAUAUCUCAGCAUCGGAUGCUGAUAUCUACUCAUCCAAGUCACAAACGAUGUGGCAAAAUUCUCUAUCUCAAUCUAGUUCUGAUUCAAACACCAGGUCGACACCACCCCUGACCCAAAAAACUAGUCUUAUUAAUAAUACACCACAAACAAGGCGUAACAUGGGGGGGAGGAAGCCCGCUCGAGAUCUCAACAUUAGUCCGGAAGAGGAAGAAAGAAGACGCAUCCGAAGAGAACGAAAUAAAGCUGCAGCAGCACGCUGUAGGAAACGUAGAGUCGACCAUACAAACGCUUUAAUCAAAGAAACUGAAGAUUUGGAACAGAAAAAACAAGCACUCCAGGAGGAGAUACAAGAAUAUCAACGAAUGAAAGAUGAGUUGGACUAUCUCCUGGAGUCGCACCGUUCCUCGUCGAGUAACUGCAGACUCCACUCGCAGAGCCCUCCUGAUGUGAAGCCUUUUGUGUUCGGGAAUCGCGUCAAUGGAGAUAGAGUCAAGUCCGAGUUAGACGAGCCGCUUCCGACUUCCGUGGCAAAUGAGCCGUUUUGUAUGCCAUCGCCGGCGAAAAGAGUGAUGUUGAGUUCAACUGUUCCCAUCUCGAAGCCUUGCAGACCGAAUUCGUUAAAUGUGAUGUCGACAGCCCCCAAGAAUAACAAUAUAAGCGAUAUAGCGGGCAUUCCGAUAACGACGCCUUCUACCGGCAUUCAGUUCAAUUUCGAUUCGUUGAUGGUGGGUGGGACUGGGCUUACGCCCGUGUCAGCCCCCUUGGUGCCUUCGUGCAGCACGCAGCAAAGGAAUAUCCCUACGAGUGCUGCCGAUAUGACAUCACCAGAUGCAUGUGGACCUCCGAAACUUGUUAGUUUAUAAAGAAAAGAGUUGUAGCGAGAUGUGUAUUAUGUGAAAAAAAGUUCAUGUUGUUGUAUUAUUUUAUAAUUAAACUAAGAGUUUAUUUAUUAUAUUUUUGGACUUUUUUUCACAUAAGCAUUUUCGAGCUACGAGUUAGGUUAAGCCGAGAGAUCAAUGUUGGACGAGCUCAUCUUUAGCGAAAGUGAAAUUUUUUAAGGAUUUUAUGACUGCCGCAUGUCAUGUCCAACGUUUACCAACCAUGUUUAGUAUUCUUGAAACCAAACCAAAAAUAUUUAUUACUAAUGUGUUAGUAAUGUUCUAGUGUCAUUUUUUGCAUUAUUUAUUGUUAUGUAUGUUUUUUUUAAAUAGUCAUUUGUAUAUAACGUGUACUAAACAUGGACCAAAAAUGUCAAAGUGCUCAAGCUAUUUUGCUAUGCUAAAUGCAGAUUUAUUUUUUGCUACCAAGAAAUGCCUUUUUUGUAAUGGUAAAAAAAAUCUGUAUAUUUUCACUUAACGCAAAGUUAUUCCCUCCAUACAUUUUUAUAUGAUAGAUUUAAGGUUAAUGUUAUACUUUUGCAAUAGGAGUGCUCCUAUUCCAAUAAGCGAAUUUGUGUUACUACUAUUAAGUAUAUAAUUAAUAAUAUAUUGAGAAUACUUUAACAAAUAGGACUAUCAGCAAUACUGUGGUUGCAAUAUUUGUAAUCACUUGUCAAUUUUAUAUAGAGUUUGUCAAAUUUUGUAUUUAUUUUAUGCGAUGCCAAUUAUAAAGAAUAAAAUCUAUCUUUUAAAACUA